AUGCAUCUCGCCUCGUUUCUAGGGCUAUGCUUGCUAUCCGCGACAGCCUCGAAGACCGCCUCUUCAGUCACGGUGCUCUUCCAUAAUGAUGGAGACUGGACAACCCACGAGCAAAAGCAAAGUGCACUGUUUGUGAACCAGCCUGCCACGCACAAGGCUGCAGUCGCUACCUGCGCUUCCUAUGGCGAGACGCUACUCGACUGUGACCAAUUCGGUGCCUUUGCCAACGAUCUGGCGUACCAAGAGUACAACCAUGACGCCAGUGGGCUGUUGUUUUGGUCGAAAUGCAACUCAUCAGCGCCAAUAAACUCCAAGGGAGCGCUGGAAAAAGACCAUGCUGGAUCAGACAGUCUAGAACUUCCGUUUCUAUGCACCAACACGGCCCCGUUUGUCAAAAAGGUCGACACGGACUAUUCUGGAUUCCCUCGCGUACAAACUCCUCAGAUUGAAGGCACUUCAUUUGAGGGUCUACGGGAUCACAUGGCUUUCCGAUUCAUGGGCAUUCCCUUUGCCAAGCCGCCCACUGGAGACCUACGGUUCAAGUAUGCGCAGUCCAUCGAAUACACAGAUGCCAAGGUGAAUGCGACAGCAUACGGACCGGCCUGCUUGCAAUCUGGCCAAUUCGAUGGAAACUCUGAAGGUCUUAAUCCAUGGGGAAACAGCGAAGACUGCUUGAGCCUUCAAGUCUUUACUCCAUCCCUUCCAGUCGGGGGCGUUCCCUCAAAGGGGUUGAAACCCGUGAUGGUCUGGAUAUACGGCGGCGGUUUGGCUACUGGUACAUCAAGCGAUUCGACCUUUGACGGUGAUAGUCUGGCGAGUCGAGGUGACGUUGUGGUUGUGGCCUUCAACUAUCGGUUGAACAUCUUCGGUCUGUUAACUCUCAACGACGGCACGAUCACUGGAAACUACCACAUGUCGGACCAGAUUACUGCGUUGCAAUGGGUCAAGAAAUACAUUGCUGCUUUUGGUGGGGACCCUGGCAACAUAACCAUCUUUGGCCAGUCUGCAGGCGCAGCAUCGGUGAUGGGCUUGGUUGUCUCGCCAGAGGCAAAGGGCCUCUUCAACGGUGCCAUUGCGCAGUCAAUCGGUGGAUUUGUUAAAAACCAAAGCGUGGCAGCAGCAGAAAUCUCGCCUUAUUUGCAACCCCUCUGCCAUAACUCCACGGGCGAGGCGAUGCUGAAAUGCCUUCAAGGUGUUCCAACAGAGACCCUCCUCAAUGCCAGCAGCAAAGCUUCUUGGCAAACGGUGAUUGACACCGUCUACAUGCCAGAGCAGCCGCUAUCUCUGGUCAGCCAGGGCAAGAUCAACUCGGUCAACCUGAUGCUGGGCUUCAUGCCCGAGGAAGGCCAGUCUCUCAUGGCAACCGCAAUUGCCCCCAACGCAACCAACUUCAACGCCUCGCUCGAUAUUCUCCUUGAGAUGAACGCCGUCAACCAAACGCAAAUCAACGACAUCGCAGCUUCCGGCCUCUGGGACGUGCCCAAGGACUACAACAACAUCUACAACGCCACCGCCAAUCUAGUCACAGACGCUAUUAUUCUUUGCUACUCAACCGAGUUCGUCAGCGCUGGCUCGUCUCCAGCAGGGAACCCCGAUGCCUUUGACAGUCUAUGGGUAUACGAGCACCAGCGCGGCUAUGCACUUUCUUACUAUGAUUAUUAUAACCUGUGCACAUUCCCUGUCGGAAAACCAGACACACCGUACUACCGCUGCCACUCGAGCGACCUAUACGAAGUCUUUGGCACGUACUACCUCUUCGACCAGCCCGUGCGCGUGGCCGAUGAUAUUUACUAUACGAACGCUGUGCAGGAUAUAUGGACCGCGUUUGCGAGGACUGGUAACCCAAAUCCUGACAAGGCAUACCUCGCAGCCAGAGGGUAUAACUCAACGGCAGAGCUGUUUGGCCGGUUCCAGUUAGAGGAGUACGGCUCCAAGACGGGGCAGCUGGCGAAACUGCAGUGGCCGCAGCCGUGGUAUGACAGUAUACCUGACCAGGACCACUGUCGGGUGAUGAGCUUGGACUUUUAG